GCAGUCAGACACGGACUGGCAACAAGAGAACAAAGUGUGCACAGAAAAGGUGUGAGUGGACAGAAGCGGUGAGGUUUGUUUCCAACAUGCCACAGACACAGCAGUAUCACUGGGCCACAGCAGGCUGGAUAUUGGCUUUGGCCCUGGUUUUGGCACUACAGGGCAUCACUCAUGGUGCUCCAUCAAGAGACAACAAGCUAGUACGAACCAGCCGAGUCCGGAGGCAGACACCAGGUGGCGAUCAGCUCCCCUCUGCUUCUGCAGCUAACCAGACACUGCGGGAGCAGGCUAUGGUCUUUAACCAUGUCUACAACAUCAACGUACCCUUAGAGUCGCUGUGCUCUGUCGAGCUGGAUGCGUCAACACCACCAGCCCCAGGCGCUCAUGCUAAAUCUUCCCCAGAGGUUCCAAUGGGAUCAACCGGACCAGCAGAGUACACAGAGCACACAAUGGACACCGACAGCCAGGUAACAUUCACACAUCGCAUCAACAUCCCAAAAGCAGCCUGUGGUUGUCCCACAACAACCACAAUCCAGCAGCUCGCCACCCGGAUGGAGAUGCUGGAGAGAGAAGUUUCUAUGCUCAGAGCUCAGUGUGGAUCUGGAUGCUGUGGGGAGAGCCCAGCCAUGGGCCGUUUGGACUUCAUUUCCAGCUGUAGCGGACACGGCAGUUUCAGCUUUGAUCUUUGCAGCUGCAUCUGUGACGAAGGUUGGAUCGGCAAAAACUGCUCUGAGGCUCGCUGCCCAGAUGACUGUUCUGGCCAGGGGGUCUGUGUGGAAGGAGAGUGCGUGUGCGACCGUGACUUUGGAGGGGACAACUGUUCUGAGCCAAGGUGUCCUUCGGACUGCUCGGGCCGCGGGUUGUGUAUUGAUGGGGAGUGCGUGUGCGAAGAGUCCUUCACUGGAGAAGAUUGCAUGGUGGGGAGAUGUCUCAAUGACUGCUCGGACCAGGGCCUCUGUGUUAAUGGGACGUGUCAGUGCCGGCCUGGGUACGUUGGAGAGGACUGCUCGCUAGUCUACUGUGCCAACAACUGCAGUAAGAAGGGCGUCUGCAAAGAAGGUUUCUGCGUCUGCCAGGAGGGCUUUGCUGGAGACGACUGCAACUCUGUGGCACCUGCUAUGAACCUGAAGGUACGCAAGGUGACAGAUCGGGCGAUUGACCUGGAGUGGGAUGGGUCUGAAGUGCUGACAGAUUUCUUGGUGACCUACACACCGAGCAGCCCUGGAGGUGUGCAGCUGGAGAUAAGGAUUCCUGGCAACAUCACCACUUGUGCUAUCUCAGGCCUAGAAGCAGGCAUGGAGUACAAUGUCAACGUGUUUGCUGUCAUCAACAACAGUAUCAGUGCCCCCGCCAGCAUUACAGUUUCAACCUAUCUAUCCAACCCAGAUGGUUUAGUCUUCAAAUCCAUCACAGAGACAUCGGUGGAGAUCCAGUGGCAGCCGUUUUACUAUUCCUUCGAUGGAUGGGAGAUCAGUUUCAUCCCCAAGGACAAUGAUGGAGGAAUGACUGCACAACUUCCCAGCACCAUCACAUCUUUUCUGCAGACUGGUCUGAGGCCAGGGGAAGAAUACACUGUCAAUCUAGUGGCCCUCAGAGACCAGGGUCGAAGCCAGCCGGUCACCGCCACUGUCACAACAUUGAUUGAUGGUCCUACUCACCUCAUUGUCCGGGAUGUGUCUGACACUGUGGCAUUUGUGGAGUGGACUCCACCAAAGGCUAAGAUUGACCAGAUUGUGUUGCGUUAUGGCCUGGUGGGAGGUGAGGGCCCACGGACCACCUUCCGCCUCCAGCCAACACUCAGCCAGUACUCUCUGCAGGUUCUACGUCCUGGCUCACGUUACGAGGUGUCUCUGUGCGGCGUGAGGAAAGGAAAUGAGAGCGGCCCCAUUUCUACAGAAUUUACUACUGCUGUAUCGUUCUUCUCAGAGAUCGAUGCCCCCAAGAACGUACGACUCCUGGCUAAGACCUCCACUACAUUGGAGCUGGAAUGGGAUAACAGUGAGGCGGAGGUGGAGGGCUACCAGGUGGUGUACAGUACUUUAGCAGGUGAUCUGUAUGAUAAAAUAAUUGUACCACGUAAUGAAGGAGUCACCACUAAGACUACUUUAACAGACCUGCUGCCAGGCACAGAAUAUGGUAUUGGUAUUUCUGCCAUGAAAGGUGACAACCAGAGUACGCCAGCUACGAUGAAUGCCAGGACGGGUCUGGAUGUGCCCAUGGAUCUCACUGUGACAGCUUCCACAGACAACAGCAUCACUCUGGUGUGGGGCCUUGUGCAGGGCCCCAUCGACCACUACGGGGUCACCUACACGUCGUCCUCUGGCAUCACUACUGAGGUGUCAGUGCCUAAAGAUGUCACCACCACCACUUUGACCAACCUUGAACCUGGAACAGAGUACACCAUCACUGUAGCAGCACGACGAGGACGGCAGCAGAGCAGUGCAGCGACCAUCGACGCCUUCACAGGCAUCAGACCCGUUACCCACCUCUACUUGUCGGAGGUCACUUCAGAGUCCAUGGCAGUGGCGUGGAGCGCCCCAGCUCCACCUGCUGAUCUUUUCAUCUUGAGCUACAGCUCUGCUGAUGGCACCGACACCUCUAAGGUGAAGUUGGACGGCUCUAGGACGAGAUCUGUGGUUCAGGGUCUACUGCCAUCCACUCAGUACACCAUCAGUCUCAUCACGAUACAGGGGGAUGUUACAUCUGAGCCUGUUACAGCGACACUCACUACAGCAUGGACCCUCCACAAAGAGAUGACUGUGUCAGAUGUGACCGAGGACUCAGUGACUAUCUCUUGGAUUAAACCUCUAGCUUCUUUUGAAUACUAUAAGAUGUCCUACCAGUCAGCCAGAGGUCGAGUGGACAGCAUGGUGAUGGACAACGAUGUCACCAACUACACCUUGUCCAGUCUGUUCCCUGCUACAGAAUAUAAGAUUAGCCUCAAUGCUGUCAGAGGCAGCCAGGAGAGCAAAGUGGUCAGCACAUCUGUAUUCACAGCGAUGGACAUACCAGCGGAGUUGACAGCACUCAACAUCACUCCACAGGGAGCCCUACUGAGGUGGAACCCCCCUCUAUCCAGUGUGGACAACUAUGUACUAACCCUCACGCACCACCAAGUGACAGCUGAUACUUUCCUUGUGGAAGGCAACAAGCAAGAGUACCAGCUGUCCAACCUCAAGCCAAGUACCACCUACUCUGUAGCCCUGUAUGCCACCAAAGGACCCCUGACCAGUGGCACCGUCAUCACCAACCUGCAAACACCAAUGGAUACACCCGUGAACCUGACAGCCAUUGAGGUGAAUCACCGCAGUGCUCUUAUCUCGUGGCAGCCUCCUAUUGCAGAGAUCGACAACUACAUGCUCACUUACAAGUCGACUGAUGGCAGCCGCAAAGAGCUGAUUCUCGAUUCAGAAGACACGUGGAUUCGUCUGGAGGGUCUGGCUGAGACCACAGAGUACACAGUCAAGCUCCAGGCUGCAAGAGGAUUAGACACCAGCGCUAUAGUCACCACCACUUUCAUUACAGGGAGUCGUCUGUUUGCUACACCUCAAAACUGUGCCCAGCACCUGCUGAACGGAGAGACGCUGAGCGGUGUCUACACCAUUUACAUCAACAGAGACCCGAGCCAGGGUGUGCAGGUCUACUGUGACAUGACCACAGAUGACGGAGGCUGGGUCGUGUUCCAGCGUCGUCAAAACGGCCUGACGGACUUCUCCAGGAAGUGGAGUGACUAUCGGGUUGGCUUUGGAAACCUGGAGGAUGAGUUCUGGCUUGGUCUGGACAACGUUCAAAAAAUUGCUGCUCAGGGCCGUUAUGAGCUGAGGAUUGACAUGAAGGAUGGACAGGAAUCGGUCUACGAAUAUGACAAGUUCUCUAUUGGGGACGAGAACCUCUACAAGCUCAGAAUAGGAGAAUACAAUGGAACCGCUGGUGACUCUCUGAGCUACCACCAGGGCCGUCCCUUCUCUACAAAAGACAGAGACAAUGACAUCGCUGUUACCAACUGUGCCUUGUCUUACAAAGGAGCCUGGUGGUAUAAGAACUGCCACAGAGCCAACCUUAAUGGCAAAUAUGGCGAAUCCAGACACAGCCAGGGUAUUAAUUGGUACCACUGGAAAGGCCAUGAGUUCUCAAUUCCCUUUGUGGAAAUGAAGAUAAGGCCGUUCAACUUCCGUAGCAUCAGCAGCAAGCGGAGGCGGUCUACUCCUGUAUAAACAAAUUCUGUCCCCCCUCAGAUCAGAGUCAUGGAUAAAUGAGGUUCGAACAACGUUCGGCGAUCAGUUUCCGCUGUGUGUGCAUCUUGCUUACAAAUGUGUAGCAACAACCUAAAGCUUCUCACUCAAGCCAAAAUAUUUAAGAUGACUAAUAUUAAAUGCAAUGAGGAUAAUUAUAUAAUAUUAUUACAAUGCAAAAACUAAAACACUGUAUUGCUAUUCAUAUAUUGCUGACAUUCUAAAGUUGUACAUGUGACCAGAAAAGCACCACAGCAGCUACUAAGCUGAAAGACUGUCCGACCUCUGUUUUUCUGUGCUUCUGCUCCUUUAGCUGUUUUUUCCUGCUGUAUUCU